AUGACAGAUAUUUUAAAACGUGAUGGCAUGACAGACUGUAAAUCUUUAGCCACUCCUAUAUCUAUUUCGAAAUUCAUUGUCUUUAAUGCAGACUUAUAUGAUGAUGCUACACAUUAUAGGAGUUUGGCUGGAGCUUUACAGUAUCUUACGGUUACUCGUCCAGAUCUGUUUUUUGCGGUCAACCAACUCUAUCAACACAUGCAUGCUCUUACAGUCUCUUAUUGGGAGAAAUUGAAACGUGUACUAAGAGAUUUACAUGCUUUUUCUGAUACUGAUUGGGUUGGAUGUCCUGAGGAUCGUAAGUCAACUACUGGUUAUGCUGUUUUUCUUGGUUCCAAUCUUAUAUCAUGGGUAUGGAAGAAACAAAGAACUGUUGCUAGAUCAUCUACUGAGGCUGAAUAG